UUCUUGCUGUACGCGGUUAAGCAAAAAAGCAGAAAGACAUGAAAGCCCCUACGUGCCUAUAAAACGACUUCAACGAUGCUUUUCUUUCCGUGAAUCCAAUCUAAACCCAAAAAGCUCUCUGGCCGAAACCCUAAAACCCCUUUCUCUGCAUCGAAACCCUAAUUUUCGAUUCGUGUUCUCCAGACGCUGGUUUUCUGUCGUAUCCAGGGAUACUAUUGAAAUUUCUUGAAAGAUUUAUUGAAUUUCAAGUGCAAUGGCUUCUUCCUUGGAUAUGUCACUUGAUGAUAGAAUUAAGAACAGGACUAACCGAGGCAGAGGCAGAGGACGUGGCAAAGCCCUUUCAGGCCGUGGAAGUGGGGCUCUAGGAGGUGGAAGAAGGACCGGUGCUGUUAAUGGUAGAAGAAUGACUGGUCCUGGUAAUGGUGGAAGAGCAACUGGUGCUGUUCGUAGAGGCCCACUCAUGGUCAACACUCGCCCAUCAUCUUAUGCUAUUGCCAAGUCUAUUCGCAGAACCAAGCCUUUUCCAUGGCAGAGUGAUUUGUUAGAGGAUAGUCUUAGAGCUGCUGGAAUUCAAGGAGUAGAAGCUGAGACAAAGUUGUAUGUUUCAAACUUGGACAGAGGAGUAACCAAUGAAGACAUAAGGGAGCUUUUCUCUGAGCUUGGAGACUUGAAGCGCUAUGCUGUUCAUUAUGACAAAAAUGGGCACCCAACUGGAUCAGCUGAAGUGGUUUAUAAUAGAAGAAGUGAUGCAUUUGCUGCUCUUAAAAGAUAUAACAAUGUACUUUUGGAUGGAAAGCCCAUGAAAAUCGAGAUUGUGGGAACAAAAUCAGAAUUGCCUGUCACUGCACGGGUGAAUGUAACUGGGAUGAAUGGACAGAGGAAGAGGACAGUUGUAAUGACGCCUAGAGGUGGUCGAGGUGGAGGUUCUGCUGUGUCAAAUCGCGGUGCUGGUUGGGGACGUCGAGGUGGCUCAAGGGGUGGCAGUGGUAGUGGACGUGGUCGGGGUCGUGGCCGUCCUGGCAGGGGUGGAGGUCGUGGUCGGGGAAGAAAGGAUGGAGUUGAAAAGUCAGCUGAGCAACUUGACAAGGAACUGGAGACCUAUCAUGCAGAGGCUAUGAACAUCUCAUAAUUUGCUAUUGGCUUCCUUGUACAGAAGCUUUGUUUUUCUUUGGCUAGAACUUGAAUGCACUUCGCUUUGCCGUUAAAUAUGCCAUCGUAUUGACAACGUUGAAAUCUUGUUUGAGGCUGAAUGAUACUUUUGGGUGAUUUCGAAGUUGCCAUAUUAUAUAUUACAGUUGUUUUUGCCUAA